AUGUCUCCACCAUUCCAGGACCCCCAUGUUUCCACCAUUCCCGAGUUCGCGGAGUGGAAUUGCCCCCCAGAGCCCUCCGCUUCCGAUUCCGCCCAGGCGCGCGCCAAGCGCUCCUCCGCGCUCUCCCGCCUCAAAGCGCGCCUGCACCGUUCGGGCGGGUCUGGCGACGCGGAGACAUCGGCGGAGAAACAGGAGAAUCCGCCGCCGCAGCAGCCGCAGGAGAAACGGGGCUAUAAGUACACUGCACAGUUUAAAGAGCGGUACGAGCAGGUGAAGGACCGCAGCAAGUUCGACUGGCAGGGCGAAUACGGGAGCUGCAAUAGUGCGUACGGGGCUAGCUUGUGCGAUGGGAACAGCACGCGGUACGAUGGUAGCAGCAUAGGUGGGGGCGGUAGCGUGUGCGGGGAAGAUGUUGGGGUAAAUAACACGUCAGCAUCCGCAGCAGCAGCGCACGCGGCACCAGACGCUGUAGCAGCUCCAGCAGCAGUUGCAACAACAGCAACAUCAGCAUCAGCAGCUACAGCAGCAGCGGCGGCGGCGGCAGCAGCAGCUUCCCUAAUGCUGGAUCUUUCCCAGUGCGAGCAUUCUGAGCUGGCCGAAGCGCACAAUAGCGGGGAUGGCGGCGGUGGCAAGGGGGAAUGCGACGGUGAUAGCAGGGCAAUGGCUGUGGCGCCAACGUCAGCAAUAACACCAGCAGCAGCCGAAGCAACAACCGAAGCAGCAGCAGCAACAGCAGGAUCAGAAGCAGAAGUAGCUGCAGCAAUGGAGGCGGCUGAGGAGAGUGAACCCAGUGAGCGUCAAGUCAUUCCGGCCAGAUUCUAUGGAACUUCCCGAUUCACUGCAAUGUUUUCUCAGCGGGCUGCUCGGCGCAGAAACGAAAAAGCAGCAGCAGCAGCAGCAACAGCAGCCCCUGCUGCUGAGACAGACGACGUUACUGCUGCCACCUCCAUCCCUCAAUCCCCCACCACUGCCUACACUACAUCCUCAAUUCCCACAGCUUCCGCCAAUGCAGCUAUCCCUGCUGCUGUGUCUCCUACCGCUGUGAGCAUGUGCACUCCCACCAGUGCUUCCACUGGCAAGGGCAGCAGGCUGGACCGCUCUGAUACCAGUGAGCCCAGCAGCAGCCGCAACAGCAGCAGCAGCAUCAGCAGCAGCAGCCUCGCCAGCACCAAGCUACGCGAGGGGAGCACUGGUACCGAAAAGUUGGAUUCUAUCCCAGCAGGGCCAGCAGCUGCUUGCACUGAGCUCACAGCGAGUCAGAGUCAGAAGAACGGUGGCCGCCGGAGCAGCAGCGGCAGCAGCCCUUUUGAGAACAUGGCUUGGCCCACGCCUCAGCCGAAGCUGGCUGCUCGGAUCAGCAGGGAGAAGAAGCGAGCCAAGUUGCAGGGGCUAUGGGCACUAUUCCAACGAAUGCUUUGA